AUGCGAACUGUAUGGGUUCCUGAUUCGGAGCAGGUGUUCGUUCGAGCACAAUUGGUGGAAGAGAAAACGGUCAGGAAUAAACAAAAUCAGGAGGAAAAGUGGGCUAUUGCAAGGGUAAAUGGUCAUGAAAAGGAUUUUCUGGUCGACGAAAUACAUGAGGUAAACCCUAGCACAUUCGAUCGUAUAGAUGAUAUGUCCGAACUCACGCACCUGAACGAACCAUCCGUUCUUCACAACCUCGAAAACCGAUAUGCAGAUGAUAAUAUUUACACGUAUUCUGGGCUGUUCCUUGUUGCCAUCAACCCGUACGCAAACAUCCGCAUCUACUCGCAAGAGUACAUUAGCUUGUACCACGGAUCGCCGAGGGAGGAUAAUAAGCCGCAUAUUUUUGCCGUCGCAGAAGAAGCAUACCAGAACCUACUAACCCUAAAACGCGAUCAGUCGAUCUUGGUAACGGGCGAGUCUGGAGCCGGGAAAACAGAAAACACUAAGAAAAUUCUACAAUACCUUGCGAGUAUCACAUCAGAGGACAAGCUUGUACCAAGUGAGUCGCACGAAAGUUUUGAACUGAAAAUUCUCCAGAGCAACCCUAUUUUGGAAUCGUUCGGGAAUGCGCAGACAGUGCGGAAUAACAAUUCCUCUCGGUUUGGAAAAUUCAUCAGAAUCGAGUUCGACGAAAUGGGUAAAAUAAACGGAGCUCGUGUCGACUGGUAUCUCCUGGAAAAAUCAAGAGUCAUACACCAAACUUCUCGAGAAAGAAACUACCACAUUUUUUACCAACUGUUAGCGGGAAUGAGUAUGCAAGACCUUCGAAAAUUUGGUUUGGAUACUAAUUCCAUCAGGGACUAUCGCUAUUUGCGUGAGUCAAAUGCAAGCAUACCCGGCAUUGAUGACGCUCAGGAUUUCCACGCUCUACUGGCUUCUUUCAAGGUCGUUGGCUUCUGCGAAAAUGAAAUCAAUGCUGUGUUGACUUGUAUUGCCAUAAUUCUACACAUUGGUAAUAUUGAGUUCACUUCUGAGAGAGCAGAGCAAGCUACAAUUAGCGGCUCUAUAGAAACUCUUUGUCAGCUACUAGGUGUAGAACAGAACGAGUUUAAAACUGCUGUUCUGAAGCCUCGAACGAAAGCCGGAAAAGAGUGGGUAACACAGGCGAAAAAUGCAGGCCAAGCCCGUUUUAUUUUGAAUUCCAUAUCGAGGUCAAUAUACGAGAACCUAUUCGCACAUAUCGUUCAAAAAAUAAACGAUAAUCUGGAUCAUGGAUCAAUGACAGAAAACUACAUUGGGCUGCUCGAUAUCGCGGGGUUUGAGAUUUUUACUCAUAACUCAUUCGAACAAUUGUGCAUUAAUUACACAAAUGAAAAGCUGCAGCAGUUUUUCAAUCAUCAUAUGUUUGUUCUGGAACAGAAUGAGUACAUAAGAGAAAACGUUCAGUGGAAUUACGUCGACUAUGGGAAAGAUUUGCAGUCGACUAUUGAUCUAAUAGAGAAGAAAGAUCAUUCUCCAGGCAUUUUACCCUUAUUAGAUGAGGCUUCAAUUCUGCCGAACUCAACGGAUGAAUCUUUCUAUUCGAAAUUAAUCACAUUCUGUGACGACAAAUCUACCAAAUUCAAAAGAUCAAAAAAAGAUAGAAGUUUUGUCCUUAAGCACUACGCAGGCGAUGUGGAAUACAACGUCGAUGGAUGGCUCUCGAAAAAUAAAGAUCCAUUGUCGGCCAAUGUUUUACAGCUUCUGUCAAAUUCGAAAAAUGAAUUAAUAAGCCAGUUUUACAACGAGAAUCAAAAUCGAGCCAGCUCCUUCAAAACGAAUUCAGCUAGGCAUAGCGAGCAAUUGAGCUCUUUACUAAAGAGACUAUCUUCUACAGAACCUCAUUUUGUUCGUUGCAUUAUACCGAACUCAAAAAAGAAAGCUCAUGAUUUUAAUCGCAAGCUCAUUUUGGAUCAACUGCUUUGCAACGGUGUGCUAGAAGGCAUUAGAAUUGCCCGUGAAGGAUACCCAAAUCGGAUUUUUUUCAAAGAGUUCUUUCAACGUUAUAAGAUCUUGUCCGAUGAAUAUCGCUUUUCACACAACUCGAAAAAAAAUUGUGAGAUAGUACUUUCUUCACUACAACUCGAUCCAUCGGUAUUCAAAGUUGGUAAUAGCAAGCUUUUCUUCAAGGCUGGUGUUUUAGCAAGCUUAGAAGCCAAAAAAGAAGAUCGUAUUACCUCCAUGGUAACAAGAUUGAAUGCCAGGAUUAAUGGGAAUAUAAUGAGAGCUAGCACGUCUGAUAAACUUAACAAGCUUCAGGCUGCCCAAGUGAUAAGAGCUGCUCUUGAAACGUAUGACAAUUCGAUGAAUGAUCACUGGUUUAGUCUCUAUGUCAAAAUAAAGCCAUUACUAGACUCAACGAAGGAGAUCUCUAAGACGAAGAGAAUCGCAGAGCAGAUCAAGACCCUCGAAUCUAAGCUAGAAAGCGUUCAAUCCGAUAACGGAAAGCUCGAAGGAGAAAACGAAAUUUUACUGUCAGAGUUAUCAUCUGUACGACAAGCUCUCUCAGAUGAAACACAGAAACUCAAUGAGCAACAAGGUGCUUUGUUUACCAUUGAGAAGAGGGAGAAACAGUUGGACGCCUUACUUCGAGAAUCAAAUGCUGACAGAGAUAGAGCGGCGGUAGAAAAACAGGAUUUAGAAAGGAACAUGGAAGAGAAACAAGACGAACUCAAAAAGUUGCAGGCAGAGAUUGAGCAAGCUAAUGUGACCAUAACCAACGUUUUCAAGGAAAGAAACAGCUUGAUGGAAGACCUCGCUAAGGUUCAAAAGACACUGACAGAAACUAGAAGCUCUCAAACCCAAACCGAGCUUGCAAAAGCCAAUUUGUUAGAUGAAUUGCAAAAAGUGAGAUUGCAUGUAUCAUCAAAAGAGUCAGACAUUACAGAACUCGAGUCAAAGCUAUCGGACUCAGACAAACAAUUAGAGAGGAGUUUACAGGGCCUUGAAAAGAAAUUCAAUAGCACAAGCAAACGAUUGAGCUCUUUAGUGGACGAGAACAAGAAUUUAAGAAUGUCACUUGAGCGUUCCAAAAGGGAUUUUGCAGAUGCCCAAAACACUCUUAAGUCGAAAGAGAAGGAAUUAAUGAGGCAAUCGGCUAGAUGUGAGCAGAAUCAGCUUUUGAUCUCAUCAUUAAACAAGGAACGCUCGGAUCUAUUACAAGAACAGAGCAAACUUAUCAGUGAAGUCAAAGGAGUGCAAAAUGAGCUAUCUGAGCAAAAGUUAAAGUAUCAGAAACUUGAAGAGCAGUGCGCAACUUUGCAAAUUUCCUUAGAUGAAUCAUCAAAAGAAGGAGCUGCAACCAGAGACGCACAAGUUAACGAUGAUGCAAUCGGUGAAAAAAUGCAAUCGUUAAAGGAACAACUCUCGAGAGAAAAGUCGCUCACAAGGUUUCUUAAUGAGAAGCUCUCAGGAAAUGAAGACAAUCGCAGGACAUCCAAGUCGCUGGAACGUCAAACUUACCAAUCUAGUACAGAUAUCUAUUCGACUUCUGAUGAAUUGAAGCUAGAGUUAAGGGAAAUGGCUUAUAAAUUGGAGAAAGAAAUAAACCAGAAGAAAGAUCUUAUCUCUAAACUACGAUUUACUGAAACUAGGUUAGCUUCAGCUUCUUUUGAGAUACAGAGUACUGCCUCACAGUUAAAGACAUUGAAGGAUAUUAUCAUUAAGGCCGAUCUUAGGGUCGAUAUGGACGAAAUCAUGAACCAAGUUGAACCCGUCGAGAUAAAUCAAGAGAAACUUAUCCUCGAAAUCGAGCACCUCAAAAGCCAGUUGAAAUUCGAAAAGCAGGCAAGGCACGAUGCAGAAAAUGCAGCGUCCGCCCUUCACAGCAAGUUCAGGCAAAUUCAAAAGUCAGAUUCAUCUUCUGACAUAUUCAGGCUGAAAUACGAAGCCAGUGAGCAACGCUUGAGGUCACUUGAGUCAAAAUUUACAUCAAGUGCCCCUAGAGAUAAAACAAAUUUAAGCAACGGUGAAAUUUUCACGCAGCGUGUUAGUAUUUCCAAAUAUGAGGAAGAUUUAAGAUUUCAGAGGCUUGAAAACUACAGGCUUCAGGACCUUCUCGUUGAAUCUGAGAAGGCCGUAACCAUGAUGAAGAAAAAUGUGCUACACUUACAAACGGAGCGGUCUGUGUUAAGCGAUGACUAUUCUAGGCUGCAAAAAAACCUGGACGUCUCCGAGCGACAAAACCAAUUGCUGACUGUGAGCUGCAACAACCACAAGGUGCAGUACGAAAACUGUAUCAAUGAUCUUCACGCUACAGAGGAACAGCUGAAAGAGGUGAUUCAGUGUUUGAAGGAAUCGGAGGAAGAUAUCAAAACUAUGGCGUCUAUAAUUGACAGAUUGAAGCUACAAAAUAAGCAAAAAGACAAACAUUUAUGGGAAGUUGAGACGCGUAACAAUGAGCUGGAGACGGAAAUUGAAGAAAGGAGCAUAGAAAUCAACAAACUGCAGUCUAAAAUAGACAUCAUCAGCAAAGAGCUUGUCCAUUUCAAAGGUAGAGUGAAGGCCGCGGGAGAUCAAAGUCAAGUGAUGGGCGAGCUUGAGAAGUUGAGAGCAGAUUUAGAUACGUCGCUAAGGAUAGAAACGGAACUGAAGAAACAAAAUUCCUCUGUGCAGUAUUCCUUGGAAAGUUCCAAGAUCGAAUACGAGUCGAAAAUUGAAGACUUGCUUAAGCAGAUUGCACACUACGAGCAGAUUGUAGGCUCACUUGCUGAAGAACGGGACUCUGUCACCUCUGAAAAUGCUAAGUUGGAAACAACUUUGAACUCUCUAAAGUCGCAAAUGAUCGACUUUAAUGGCUCCCUACAGAAUUUACAAGACGAAAAACGCCAAUUAGAAACUCAGAGGGAUGCCUUACAGUUCAAACUCGACCAUUCAAGAGCGGAUUUUGAGAAGGUGACCGCAGAUAGGGAUACUCUUGCAGACAAAGUAAGAAAGUUUGAGGAGACUCUGACACUACAGACGCAGCAGACGGGCAGAAAUGAGGGACUUGUCGAAAAGCUUCAACUUUCGGCCUCGAACUUAAAAACUCAGUUGGCAAGCGAAAAAGAUGCAAACAUUACAUUGCAUGAAGAAAACGAAUCUCUCAACAAAUCAAACAAACAAUUGACAAGUCAAAUAAAUGCCCUGGAAGUGAAACUCGCAGAUACUACAGAGAAAGACUCAUGGGUCACCAAAGUCCAAGAGCUUGAAGAACUGGCUACUCAAGAAUCUGAUGCUAAGUAUGAAGAGAUGAAGAAGGUUAAAGCGCUUGAAAGAACUAUUGAAGAAUUGAAAGCGGUCAAUGCAAAACAAGCAGAGACAAUUACUACGGCCAAUGAAGAUAGGAACGAGUUCGCUCAACAGAUAAGGGAACAGUUGGAAAAUUUAGGAAGACUAGAAAGUCAAAUGGCGAAGCAGGAAGUUGACACUCGAAGACUGGAGCGUGAUAAAGCAUACCAGGAAGAGCGCAUUCAAUUUCUUGACAAACAAGUUGAACUUUGGAAAGAAAAAUAUGACGGUAUUUCCAUGAGGCGCAGAAGUUUGGAUGCCAGGUCAGGAGAAGAGGUUUUUAUUUAG